CGCGCAGCGCAUGCGCGCUGCAUUGUUUUGACUGAAAAUGCCGUCGGUUUCGAAAGCGGCGGCGGCGGCGCUGAGCGGGUCCCCCCCGCAGACCGAGAAGCCGACCCACUACAGGUAUCUAAAGGAGUUUAGGACAGAGCAGUGCUCCCUGUUUGUGCAGCACAAGUGCACCCAGCACAGGCCAUUUACCUGUUUCCAUUGGCAUUUCCUAAAUCAGCGUCGGCGCAGACCGCUCCGCAGGCGCGACGGCACUUUUAACUACAGCCCGGACGUGUACUGCUCCAAGUACGACGAGGCCAGUGGCGUGUGCCCCGACGGCGACGAGUGUCCGUACCUGCACCGGACAACCGGGGACACGGAGCGCAAGUACCACCUGCGCUACUACAAGACAGGCACUUGCAUCCACGAGACAGACGCCCGGGGCCACUGCGUGAAGAACGGGCUGCACUGCGCCUUCGCGCACGGACCCCUGGACCUGCGGCCACCCGUAUGCGACAUCAGGGAGCUGCAGGCCCAGGAAGCCCUGCAGAAUGGCCAGCUCGGCGCCAGCGAUGGCGUCCCUGACCUGCAGCCCGGGGUCUUGGCCAGCCAGGCCCUGAUGGAGAAGAUCCUGAGCGAGGACCCUCGGUGGCAAGACACCAACUUCGUGCUAGGCAGCUACAAGACGGAGCAGUGCCCUAAGCCACCGCGCCUGUGCCGCCAGGGCUACGCGUGCCCGCACUUCCACAACAGUAGGGACCGGCGGCGGGACCCCCGGAGGUUCCAGUACAGGUCCACCCCCUGCCCCAGUGUGAAGCACGGCGACGAGUGGGGUGAGCCCUCCAGGUGCGAGAGUGGGGACAGCUGUCAGUACUGCCACUCGCGCACGGAGCAGCAGUUCCACCCCGAGAUCUACAAGUCUACCAAGUGCAACGACAUGCGCCAGACUGGGCACUGCCCUCGGGGCCCCUUCUGUGCCUUUGCGCACGUGGAGAAGAGCCUUGGAAUGGCCAGUGACUGGGGCUGCCGAGACCUUGCCUCCGCCAGCGGCCCUGCGGCCCCCAGCGGGCAGCCCGGACACGCAAAGCGGAGGGAUUCACCUGCCGAAGGCAGUCAGAAGGCCAGCGAACAGGACAAUAAGCAGGGCCACCUGGCAGUGUUGGCGGUGGGUCACCCCCUCGCUCCCAGUGUGAGUUCCAGCCUGGCGUCCAGCCUGGCGUCCAGCACUGGCUCAGGCGGCUCCUCGCCCACCACUCUGCCCGCCCUCUCAGCCCGUGCCCACCCGCUCGACCCCACCAGCAGUGCCGUGGAGGCGGUCCCAGGAUCCACUUUAGACCUUCACCUAGGCGAUAUCAGCCUUGCGCCCCCAGAGAAGGACCUGGAGGAGUACGACGGCCGUGACCUUGGACCCACAGGGCAGCGCUCGCUGGCAGGCUCAGCGCCCGUGGCCAUCCCAGGCUGCCUGCCCCGCUCCCCAUCCCUGCACUCCUCGUCGUCCCUGUCCGCCUCCCCCCUUGGCUCCUUCUCCCAGCCCCUGUCGGGGCCACUCAUCUCCUCAGCCAUGACGCCCCCCCAGCAGCCUCCAGCCCUUAAGUCGGAACCCCGGGCGCUGGGCCCCUCAGCCUCAUCCUACAACUCCUUCGGCUUGAACGGUGUCCCCGGCAGCAUCUGGGACUUUGUCUCUGGCAGCUUCUCUCCCAGCCCGUCCCCCAUCCUGAACGCCGGCCCCACGGGCUCUUCAGGUGCGAGUCCAAACAGCGCCGAGCUGGCCCGGGUCAGGCGGCAGCUGGACGAGGCCAAGAGGAAGAUCCGGCAGUGGGAGGAGUCCUGGCAACAGGUGAAGCAGGUGAGCCCAGGGAGGGGCUGCCGAGCAGGUGAGAUGGGGGCACGUGUGGGGCUGCCGGUCCCCACCUCAGUCACAGCAGCCCCUGGGUUUCAGGCCUGUGAUGCGUGGCAGCGGGAGGCCAAGGAGGCCAAGGAGCGGGCGCUCGCAGCCGACAGCGCCCGACAGCUGGCGCUGCAGAAGAAAGAGGAAGUGGAGGCCCAGUUUCGACGGCUGCAGGAGGAGCUGGAGGGCCGGGGAUUGGCCUCCACGCUCCCUGGGCUGCGUGGCUGUGGCGACAUCGGCGCCAUCCCCCUGCCGAAGCUGCAUUCACUGCAGAGUCAGCUGCGCCUGGAUUUAGAAGCAGUGGAUGGGGUGAUCUUCCAACUGCGAGCGAAGCAGUGCGGGGUGUGCGGGGAGCGGGCCCGUGGCGCCGUUCUGCGGCCUUGCCAGCACCGCGUGCUCUGCGAGCCGUGCGCAGCCGGCGCACCCGAGUGCCCCUACUGCUCGGGCCAGCCCCUGCCCUGGUGACGGCCGCCUCGUCGUCUGCUUCCUGGUGCCACCGACGUCGGGACCCCAGCCCCAAGCAGCCCACCCACAGCCUCGUACCCUCCUCGCAGACCCUGCUGGCCCCGCAGGGCUUGGUGGGCAGGGUGACUCCGCGGAGUUUGUGGUCCUGACGCCACUGUGACCGGAUCCUGGCAGUUCAGGUCCCGAGAAGCACUUUGUAGACGGAAGAGUUUAGGCAGACGUUCCAAGUUGCUCUAAGCUGCUUUGAGGUUCAUGUUUUUAAUAUGCGAUAAUAUGAAGCUUUAUACGUGUACUGUGAACAGAGUAUUUCCUAUCGAUCUGUUGUUAAUCCACAGUAGGGUAAACACAUUAGGUUUCAUAUCUGAAGUUAGUACUUAUGAAGUGAGCAUUUAUCUAGUAGUGAGAAAUGCCUAGGAUUUUUACAGUUUUCAAAUUAAGUGCGAACUAAUAGUAUUUAUAGCAGAGUGAUUAUUGAGAGAGACAUAUACAUGUAGAUGUUUUUAAUUUUAUGAAGGGAACUCAUUUCCUGAGCACGUGCACAUUAACUGGAGCGUCCGUGACAGCGCCCUGCGCCGCCGCCUCCCGCUCAAGUGCCUGCGCCUGGGAGAGCCGAGGAGCCAGCACGCGGCUGUCCUUCCCCGCUCCCCCCCCACUCGGUGAGCGCAGUGACAGUGAGCAGGGCAGCGGGGGCCCCACAGGGAGGGUGUCACACGCAGAGCCGUGCGGUGCUCCCCCUUCCCAGAGCUCGCUGGCUGGUGUCCCGGCCGGAGCCUCACCCAGGGUCACCCCACCGGCGUGAGAGACGCUCGCCAGCCUCCAGUGCGACACUGCGCCAGAUCUGUCUGUCCAGGUGUUACGUUCAAGUGACCACCUGGUUGGGGAGGACCUGGCCGCCAGGCGGGGGCAGGGCAGCAGAAAGGCUGCUGGGAACAGGUCGGAUUUUAGUGCCGGCUUCAGUCUUUUCUGUCUGUAUUGGGUCACUUUCCCUAGGAAUCUGUAGUUGACCCAGACUUUGCUCGCGCCAAGGCAGAUCUAGAUUGGCACGAGAAUCUUCCUGGAGUCUGCUGCCAGGCACGGAAGGGGGGCUGGGCGCUGGCCCGGAAGGGACAGGAUGCCUCCUGCCUGCCUGCCCGGGGCUGUGCCAAAGACUUUAUAUAGCAUUUUUUUAAGUGCAAGGUGACUAGGUAAAAAAUCUUUUAUCAGUGACCAAAUUAGAAUGUAUUUACUACAGUGAGAGGUUUAAAACCUUUUCUUAAACAUAAGACAAACUGAUAGGAAAGCUGUCAUUUUAAGGUGGGUCCAUGGCACCGUGCAGCUCGCCCGCUGCUAAAGGUAACUACACAACUUGGUUGUAGUGAUUCUACUUUGUUUCUAAUUAUAGUGAUGAUUUAUUAGCUCUUAGAAAUUACGUAUAUUUUGUGCUACUGUUAUCACUGUUUGAAAUUCUUUAUUUUUAUUAAUAUUUAUGCACUUGUUUCCCAUUUCAGGCCUUUGGUCUUCUGGGGGAAAACAGGACAAUGUUUGUUAUUGACAUCUAGCCUAGACAUUUUCAAAUUAUAAACAAGAACUGUUAAGCUUUAGGUGUAUUUAUAAGCUAUUCCGGUUAGUUCUUUCUGUGGGGUUCGGGGGGGGGGGGGCCCUGAAGGCACACCCCCCACAGGCACUCACUGGCUCUGAGGACAGGUGUGCAGUGGGAAGACCAAAGAACCACCCAGAGUGGAGCCUCCGGGCCCUCCUGCCCCUGCUGCCUGGCUGCAGUGGCCCUGGUCCUCUGAGGGAGCCACCCUGCGCAGGCCUCCCAGGCUGGGCUGCGCCAGGCUCGGUGUCUCAGGGUGUCACCGCCCCACACUCGGGUGAUAAAGCGGGGCGCUGGGUGUAGCAGCUGAAGCUGCGUGAUGCUCAGUGAGGCCGUUCUUGCUGCCAAAUCUGUCAGCUCCCGAGUGUUCAGUAUUAGCGGUGAUGUUACAUCGUCACACCAUUUGUGUAACUGUGGUCAGCAGAAGACCGUGACUCAGUGUGGAUGCUUCAUGUGGAUUAAUUUAUGGAAGCCCCAAUCUGUACGUCUGUUUUAAGUAUUUAGAGGAGAAUGUUAUUGGAAUGGAAUUUUCUUAACCCAGAAGGUAGUAUUUAUAAUGCAUAAUCAUUUACUUGUAGUGAAUUGUUUAAAGUUAACACUUGUUUAAAUUUUUUUACACUAUAGCAUUUAUGCAAUGGUUUACAGAAUUCAUGGAAUUAUUUUUAUCAGUAUGGAAAUUAAAACUUUGACUCUUUA